AACUCCAAUAAAUUGGGGCGUCGCGCUACCGGUACAAAUUUGGUAUCUGCGUUUUCUUAUUCUACUCCGACCUCUGCGUGGCUCUGCUUUCACUGAUUACAUGUAGCUAAUCUGAGCAAUCUGCUUUUCUGAAUAAUCGAGUUUGAUGAAUACUCACCUGGUCUGUUUGACUAGAUCUUUCCAAGAGGAAAUACUGACUGGAUGCCCUCUAUAAGCUUGUUGGACUACACUGUACAGAAGAGAAUGAAAUACACUACCCAAGGAAAGUGUGGAUAAUUGCAAAGAUAGAGCUAAGAAAUUUACUUCAGAUGUGAAGCCGUUGAACUGCAAAAGUGAGCUGGAGAACUAAAGUUAUUUGAAAGUGGAAUUACAAUUGUGAUUGAUUGAUGUACUGCAGAUGACUUCACCAUGAGUGCCAAGUGGAAUAAUGUCAAAAGUGGAUCAAAGACUUGGGUCCACUCUGCAGCAGCUCUGACAGCUGGUCAUGUUGUCUAUAAUGUGAAAUACCUUGGAGCAGUAGAUGUAUCAUCCCCCAAGGGAGCUGAUAUUGUCAAAGAAGCUGUAACAAAGUUAAAGUUCAAUAAACAAGUAAAGAGAUCAGAAGGUGCUAAACCUCCAAAGAUGGAACUCACUAUAUCAGUAGAUGGUAUCACCAUACAAGAUAGACAAACCAAGGAGAAACAGUUCACCUAUCCAUUGCAUCACAUAUCCUACUGUGCUGAUGAUAAGUCUGACAAGAAGAUAUGUGCCUUCAUUGCCAAAGUUUCGCAAGAAAACAGGAAUGUAUGCCAUGUCAUGGAAAGUGACAAAAAUGCAGAGGAAAUCACAUUGACAGUCGGUCAAGCCUUUGACCUAGCAUAUCAGAAAUUUCUUUCAAAUGCUAACAAGACGCAGGAACAGCAGCAACAGAAUGACACUCUCAGAAAAAGGGUUGAUGAACUAGAAGAUGAGAAUAAGAAGUUAAAGCAAAGAAUAAAUGAAUUAGAAAUACAACAAGGUCUGAAACCAUCAUAUACGCUGCCACUCAAUGGAGAACAGAGCUUCAACAAUGGAUUUGUUAAAUAUAAUCCAUUUAAUCAGCGGUCCGAUUCAACUUUUGGACAGUUUCAAUCUUCAUCUGAGCCUGUUACUGCUAUCAAUCUUCUAGUUGACUUAAAGGUAUCUCAGCCCUCAUCGCCAUCAGGAGUUUCUCAAGACCAUUUUACUACCAAGGAUACCCUUGCUAUGCAGGCAGCAGCAUACAAAUCCACCAGAACAAACUCCACCUCUUCUUCCUCUGCAUUUGAUGAUGCCUUUGCCCCACCCAUUACAUUAGCACCGGUACCAUCGGCACCACCAGCACCGUCAGCUCCAAAAACUGUAGAGCCAUUCUUACCACCACCUCCUGCACCUAUUCAAAGAACAAAGGAAGCACCCUCUCCUCUUUUCAAACAGCCACCUCCUGCUGACCUUCAGUCAUCUACUUCUACAGUUCCUCCUUCACAACCCUCAGUUGAUCCAGCUAUAGCCAGAAGUAGACCAAGACCUCAACCAUUAUCACAAGGAACAGGAGUUCUGGCUCCUCCCCCUCGGACAAUGAGAAGAGGAGAUUCAGUAACAUCUCCUCCUCCUACAUCACCUAGUGUAGGCCUUGAUGAUCUGUAUGCUGCUGUAUCUAAAGCAUCUAAAAUGAAUGGAAGUGGAGCAGCCACAACAUCUCCUAAUCCAUUUGCUGCUUCAUCAAACACAGAAUUCAAAUUUGGAGAUGAUUUGGACUUUUUAAGCAACAAAGGCUCAUCAAAUGUAUCUACUUCAAACACUGGUGCUUCAUCAAAUAGCUUUUCAAUAAUGGACUUGGAUCCCCUGAAAUAAAAAAUUAGAUGAAAUGAACUUAUUUACAAUCAUCUCUUUUCUAUCCUGCCUGCUUGCAAUCACAAGCCCACCACUUUGCAAUCUCUUCUGAUAUACAUGUAAUACCAACAUUGCAUAGUCUUCAUCUUCUUGAAUAUGCUUCAUAUGCAACUUUCCUGAGAUCUGUCUUUGAAUCAUCAAAUUUCAUUUCAUCAAGGAGAAACAGCUUUGAAUCUUAUUCAAUAUCAUUGUUAAUCUUCCUUGAGCAGACAUCAACAAUGAAAUAAUAUUAAUACAUUAUGAUCAUAAGUUAAAGAAAUGUGAAUUUGAUACUGAUGUUUUUUUCUACUAAAGUGAGUAUUAAAUAUGAGGUCUUUCAUACUACAGAUGAUGAAUAGACUGAUCAUUAUGUGUUGUUUUGGAGUUUGCGCAUUUCUCUGCAUCCAGACAUAAUUGAUAAUUUUGUAAAGAAAACUUCUGUUGCAGAACAAACUCCAACAAAACUCCAUAUUUUGUUUUUGAUGAUCUUUACAUUGCAAUUUUUGUGACAGACAAUACUAUAGUCAGGGUCUUUUUAUGAUACCAUUCAAUACUCAGUGUUGAAUUCUAGUUUGUAAAUGGAUUCUGUAUGAAUGUAUGUAACACUCAUUAUUUAUACUUUUGUACUAUAAUAUUCAAUCUGUCCCAUGGUGGUUGUGUUUGAAACUGUUUCUCCAAUCGCACAUCUUAGGCCUAUAUUUAUAAUCUAUUUUGAGGUAUAAGCUUCAAUAAUUAUUUCCUUGUAGCAUAAAUGUACAUGUAUAUUGAUUAUAACUUUUAAGGUGUCUAUGAGAACGUUAAUCUUAGACCCUUAUUUCUGUAAUCAACCUCUGUACCUCAAAUAAAACUCCUUGUCUGUCCAUCCAUUGAUUUUCCAUUAUUAGACAAAAGCCUCACAAAUAAUAAUGCUUAUUGUUGAUAUUGCAUUGUAUUGCUAUUUGAUCACUGAUGAAUGCAUUCUACCUUUGGUAAAGGUGUUUAUUUGUAAAUUAAAAACUGAUUAGCAGUGUCGUAUGAUAUCAUCUUAGUUCAUAACAUCCGUUGCUUAUUUACAUUUUUAUUAAUAUAUAAUGGAUUAAUUCACUCUAGAGAUAUAUUUGAUUGCCUACAGUGCCUGUCAUAAGAAAGUUAUCUAGAUUAACUUUCUAUCAUUAUCCUGUAUAAAUCUAUAAGGAAUUCAGAUUGGGAUUCUUCUAAAAGAGUUUGUGAGGUGGUCAUGUGAUUUGAAAACAUUGUUUAUUCCACAAUUAGAUUUGUACCUGUAAUGGUGAAUGACAUAUACCUGUCUUGAUGGUGUAGUAUUGUCAAAAUGGAUACUAUGUUUACAGUUUCAAGAAUAUACAUAUUUCAUUUUCAGGGUACUUUGUAAUUUUGAAACAUGCAGGCCAGAAUAACUGAAAAUUGAGAGACUAGUUCAAUACACAUGAGCCAAUCAGGUGAUCAUUAAAGUUACUAUGGUAACAUCUUAUGAUUGUUGUAAAUCAUUUAGCAUGCAGUUUUGUCUACAAUUAUCACAACGAAGCACUUCUUUUAAAUAUUGAUCGUUCCUAAUUUCUGAUUAGUCAGUAGAAUACUGACCUCUUCAGUCAUCUUGCUUUUAAAGAUAGCACUGAAUCUGAGAUAAUGGCGCAAUUCAUAAACUUGAAUGAUUAAAAUUUGAAUAUCCAUUUAACCUACUUGUAAGAAAUAUUUUAAUUCUACCAGUAAAUUAAUCUUUAAUUAUAAGAACAAAAUAUAUUUAUUAUUUGAAAUGUCACAGUAUGCAGUGAAAGGUCCAUGGGCACUUUCUAUUGCAUGUCAUUUUGAAAUUUGUUAGUUUCUUAUGUCAUAUGAUUUGAUAUACAUGUAAAGAGAGAUUUGAAUAUUUUUGUUAAUGUAUAUUUGAAAUCUAUACAGGUGUAAGAGUUUCAAAGUACUUCAUUGCUUUAUCAAAUAAUAUAUUUUCAUUGCCAAUAUGUUCAAAGUGAGUACAAUUGUAAAGCAUUUUAGAAAUUGCUAAACGUAUAUAUGUUCAUCUUUAUAUUUCCUUGUAUAUUUGAUUUUUGAAAAUCAUCUGUUGUACAAUCCAGAUAUGAUCAAAGUAUGUAUUUUUUUUGGAGAAAUUAGGUAUCUUCUGUUUGUAGGUUUAUCUUGCUUUAUAUACCAUGAUCAUGGUCUUCUACAAUCCAAGAGGCUUGUUUGUGUAAACUAAAUGUUUAAGAAAAUACAAUUACAUGUGCAAAAAUUCUUCACAGCAGAGCCCCUCUUCCCAGAAAGCCAUCAAAUAUCUUGAUGUUUUUAAUAAUUUUGAGAUAUGAUAGAGCAAUCUCAGUUUCUAUAACAAGUGAAUAUCAAUUUUUUUAAUUUAUUUUAUUUUUUAUUUUUUGGGGGGUUCUAUUUAUCAAAGAAUUUCACCUGAUAUUCUCUAGUAAUGAUUCAAGGACUGUUCGAAGGACGGACUUCAAACUUGUCUGAUGUAUGCAAGCAUGAUCUGGGGGGUGACUAGUUCAUGAUAUAAUGUGAUCUCUUAUGAACUCCAUACCAAAUAAGCCUAUAUACUUACCUCAAGUACAAAUAAUUCAUAUGGGCCCCUCUUCCAACCCAUAUAAAGUUAUGCCUUUCUUUCCACCCCAAAUAUUUACAUCUAGUUUCAGUCUGGAAUAAUGAAGUCCAUCAAGCCUAUAAUUAUUUUUUAUUCAAUAUAUGCAUCUUCAUCCUUGUCUAAAGUACUAUUUCUUUGUGAAUCUUUUUACUGAAUGUUUAUUUCCAAUUAGUUGUAUUAUCCAAAAUUGAAUUCUAUUCUGAUACUAAUUACUAGAAAUAGAAAUCUGUUUGUAAAUCUUUAAUUCUGAAUCAGGAAUGCGUAAAGAGUGACAAUGGUUUCAAUAGUUUGUGAUGUCAAGGUUUAAGACCAACCUUUUUUUUGUUGAAUCCAUGUAAGGUCUCUAUAUAUCCAGUGAAUAAGGAUGUAUGGAAUAUAUAAAAAUGAUUGUUUAAAUUUAUGAUUAGAUUUCAAAGAUUGAAAAUUUGAGAUUUCUUUGAUGGUUUUUCACAAUAUCAGAAUAUAGUAUACCAGUAAUGGAUCCAGGGGGGGUGCACAUCUGGCCCGUGCUCCCCCCUAUUGAGAGCCAUCAUAAAAAAUCUAAUGUAAAUAUGCUGUUAUUACCCUAGUGAGGGCCUUGGGGGGCUUGACAAAUAUCCCGUGAAAACCUCUUUUUUUUUGCUUGUCAAAUUUUAAUUUUCAUCCUGAAAAUGUUUCCCUCUUUGGGAAAAUCCUGGAUCCGCCCUUGUAGUACAAUUCAUAUCUGGCAAAAGCAGAGGCAUAAAUGUUGAAUGUGUGCAGUUGACAUAUAUAUAUAGCUUUUAUUGGGCUUACAGUGUAGGAAGGUUCCAUAGUAGCACAUGUGAAUUUGCAAGGUAUAGAAGUUUGGGUUCAAAACUAAAGAGAAAUUAGUAAUCAUCCUAAUUGAUAAAUAGUUAAGAACCAUCCUGAUAGAUUUCAUAUUUGAAAUGUUUUUUUUUUGUAUACAUGUGUGUAAAUGUUAUGCGUAAGUAAUGGCUGAACAUUAAGUAUGUGCAGAUUGGCUGAAUGUGGUUGCAAUAAAUAAAGUGCAAACUUAA